UCGUUCGUGGAAUUUAGCGGGAUGUCACGAAUACAUUUGCCGCCCAGCCGAUGUGUUCAGCCCGCCAAAGCCACCAGUUUUCGUUGGUUUUCGGUCAUUCGUUCAUCUCGGAUCCAUUGUGCUUUACCUCAUCUGUAUCAUCUGAAGUAGAUUUACUUGGGGCAUUGUUCAAAGUUAUUGUUUUUCAAGGAUUUCUCUCCAGGAACUGCCAGAGUGGGUUCUCUGGGCUUUGGAGGUGUUUGAGAGAUUUUUUUUUUUAUUUUGGAGAAGUGCCAGGAUUUUUUGAGAAAUGGCUAAGGUACAGCUGGCCAAUGUCGCGGUCCUCGACAAUCCAUCGCCUUUUCUCAAUCCUUUCCAGUUUGAGGUGACUUUCGAGUGUAUCGAGGAACUCAAAGAAGAUCUUGAGUGGAAGAUGAUUUAUGUGGGGAGUGCAGAGUCUGAAGAGUUUGAUCAGAUCCUGGACACCAUCUACGUGGGACCCAUUCCAGAGGGACGACACAUGUUUGUGUUCCAGGCUGACCCCCCAGACGUCAGUCGUAUCCCGGUGAACGACGCCCUAGGAGUGACAGUAGUUCUCCUAACGUGUUCCUACCGAGGAAACGAGUUCGUGAGAGUCGGUUACUUCAUAAACAACGAGUACACAGACCCAGAGUUACGUGAAAAUCCCCCAGCCCAGCCACAAUUCGACAAAGUCCAGCGAAAUAUUCUCGGUGACAAACCCAGAGUCACUAGAUUCAAGAUAAACUGGGACGACGGUGUUGGCUCGACAACGAACGGCACCCAAGACGCCCUGGAGGAUCACACGAUGGAGGAGAGCACCCAGGAAGCAUCAUCCUCAAAACUAGGCUUUAGUGAAAACACUCAAAACAGUAUGGAAGUUAUGUGAGAGGAGAUGUGUUUUCGCCAUCCUCACUGGACUGUUCAAAGUUGAUUGUCUCGGGUACCGAGGGACUCUAAAUAUUUAAAUAUCAUUUCUGUUCGUUUAUUUUUCUCGUUCCACUCAUCAGAAUCAAUUCCUGAUGAUCAUUAUUCAUUUCUAUUAUAUUUUUUCGUUAUAUUAGGAAGAAUCCUCCCCUGAUUAUUUCGUACAAUUAUUCCCAAAAUUUUCACCCACUUUUUCACUCCCCAAUGGAAAUCUAGUGUACGAGAUGAAUUUAAAAUAAAGUGUUUGUAUAUUUUUUAGGA